CAGCACAAUCUAAUCCUUUAAUUCCGACACUGAACCCUCUCUUUAAUCCAUCGUGCAGGAAGUCAGGGAAUUUUUGAGGGUGUGAACAAUGGCUGCUAAAACAACACAGGCGCUCUGUGCUGGUGACGUUAUGCCGAAUGCUGCCGGCUAUUGUGAUGAGCUCUUCGGCCUGGCUUGGCAGUUAAGUCCCUUUUCUCCACAGUCCAGUGGCGGGUGUGCACUCCUUCAGUAAAGUGUUGGACUAUUCACUGAUAAAUCUACGACCAGAGUCCGAUACAAAAAAAUAGCUUGAGUACCUGGACAACUUGAAUCAUCUUGGCCACCUCCACUUUAGUCUUCCCCUUCACUGGUUUCCCGUUCACACCUGUGAUUUCAUCGCCUGCUGCCAGCGUCCCCUCCAGAGCUGCUGGGGUGUUAUCGAAGACCUGUGAGACGACACAAGCCACAUUUACAAAAGACUGAACCAAGCUGCUCCAUCUUCCACUGUGACUCCCGGACUCUUCACACACACCAGGACCCAACAUGAGCUUGCAACUGGAACUGAAGAAUGUGAAUCUGCAAACUGGAGAUCAGCUGCAAAUAAAAGGAAUAAUUCAGCAUGAUGCUGAAAGAUUCCAGAUCGACCUCGGCAGCGAUGAAGAAAACCUGGCGCUGCACUUCAACCCCCGGUUCCACGACGACAGCGACGGAGCUGUGCUUGUGUGCAACUCCAAGUCUGAAGGUUGUUGGGGCGACGAGCAACGGAACAUACACAACCCUCUGCAGAGGGGAGCAGAACUCAAGAUCGUGUUGAAGUUGACCGGAGACAUGUUCGAGGUGGAACUCCCUGAUGGGAAUGAAGUCCAGUUCCCUAACCGUGCUGCCAUGGGCGUCUUCAACUACAUCCGAAUCAGCGGGGACAUCAAACUGACGUCCUUAAAGAUCAGCCAAUAGAAACAGCUGCUGUAACACUUGGUUGAAAACAAUAAAUAAAUGAUUAAAGACUUGUAAUAAACUACAUAGAAUGUUUUAAUGGAUGUUUGUUUUCUACUUAUAGGAAUUAAAUGCAAAAGUGUACUUAAGUU